CAAAUCCCAUUAAAGCUUUGAAGUUUCGUGCGCGUGUGUACCUUCUGGUCAAAUCGUUUUCCAUUACUCUCUCUCUCUCUCUCUCUAGUUGCAGUAUUUCCCUAUCCAUGGCUCUUGAAGAUGGAACUGUUCGAUACGAAGAGGAAUACAUCACGAAUUCUCGAGGAUUAAAGCUGUUCACAUGCAGAUGGGUUCCGGUGAACGAAGAACCCAAAGCUUUGAUCUUCAUCUGCCAUGGAUAUGCCAUGGAAUGCAGCAUCACCAUGAACAGUACUGCAAUUCGGUUGGUGAAAGCGGGAUAUGCAGUUUAUGGAAUAGAUUAUGAAGGCCAUGGAAAGUCCUCUGGUUUGCAGGGCUACAUCUCUACCUUUGACAAUGUUGUUGAUGAUUGCUCCGAUUUCUUCACUAGUAUUUGUGAGAAGAAGGAGAACAGAAAAAAGAUGAGAUAUUUGUUAGGGGAAUCCAUGGGUGGAGCAGUGUUGUUGUUGGUACAUAGGAAGAAGCCAGAUUACUGGGAUGGGGCAGUCUUGGUUGCCCCCAUGUGUAAGUUGGCAGAUGAUAUGAAACCACAUCCAUUAGUCAUAAGUGUACUGCGAAAGCUGAACAAAAUUAUUCCAACGUGGCGAAUAGUUCCGGUCCAAGAUGUCAUUGAUGCUGCUUUUAAACAGCCUGAGAUAAGAGCACAGGUCAGAGCAAAUCCUUAUUGCUACAAAGGACGUCCUCGUUUGAACACUGCCAAUGAACUUCUAAACACUAGCUUGGAGCUUGAGCAAAGACUUCAUGAGGUUUCAUUACCAUUUAUGAUACUACACGGAGGAGAUGACAGAGUAACAGAUAAAGUAGUGAGCCAACUAUUGUAUGAUGUAGCAGCAAGCUUGGACAAGAGUUUCAAGUUGUAUCCCGGGAUGUGGCACGGAUUGUUAUACGGUGAGACGCCAGAAAAUAUUGAGAUCGUUUUUACGGAUAUCAUUGACUGGUUGAAUAGGAGAAUAGAAUCUGGAAAUUCGAGGUUGGAGAGAGAAUUGAAGCUUCAAAACGAUGAGAUUUUGAUCUCAAAACAUAUUUGAACUUUCGGGUGAUUAGGGUUUCUUAACAAACAAAAAUUAAUUGGGUGAUAUUGUGAAAA